AUGUUCACUCAAAUCUUCAUCUCCGCCCUCCUCUCGGCUCCCCUCGUUGCCGGCCACGGCAAGGUCACCGUCUUUAGCGGCGACAAGGGUGGCAACGGCACCGCUCUGGGCAUCAAGGGCGCCUCCAUUGCCAACGUUGGACAGGAUUACCAGACCGAGCCCGACACCACAAUCUUCUGGUCAAAGGACAUUAACACGGACGACGACUUUGGCUUCACCCAGAGCAGCAACGGCAACCUGGGCAUGACCAACCUGGACGCCGCCAUGGCCCAGGCCGGUAGCACCCUGCCGCAGAUCAGCAGCUCCGGCGGCAGCAUCAACGCCACCCUGCACGUGGUCACGAGUGAUGGCGCGGGCCCCUUUGUCGCCAUCGUCGACCCGACGGCCACGGGCAAGUUCUCCAACGCCACCGACAUGGACGUCACCGCCCAGGUGCCGGGCGAGGGCGGCUGGAUCGACACCACGCCCAGCGAGGCCGCUCUGUCCUUUGGCAACGGCAAGACGGUGGCCCGAUGGGCCUCGCGCACCAUUGGCAGCAAGGCGACGCGCACGGCUGCCAAGCGCCAGACGGCCACUCUUGUUGAUAGGGAUUACAAUCUUCAAAUCGCCAUGCCUGCUGGAACUACCUGCACCGGUACCUACAACGGAAUGAGUGGUCUCUGCGCUGUCAAGAUUAGCAACAACAACGAGAACGGACCGUUUGGCGCUGUCAUGAUUGUCCAGAUGUCCGACUAA